AUGGCAUCUCAGGAUGAGUUAUUGUGUGCCGUGUGUCUAGAUGUCCUGAAGGAUCCAGUGACCACUUCCUGUGGACACAAUUACUGUAAGAGCUGUAUUACAGGCUGCUGGGAUCAGGAGGAUCAGAAGAGAGUCUACAGCUGCCCUCAGUGCAGACAGACCUUCAGUCCAAGACCUGCUUUAGCUACAAACACCAUGCUGGCUGAAGUGGUGGAGAAACCGAAGAAGAGGAAACGCUCUGCUGACUGUGACGCUGGAGCUGGAGAUGUGCAGUGUGACGUCUGUACUGGAAGAAAAUACAAAGCCGUCAAGUCCUGUCUGAUGUGUCUGAACUCUUACUGUCAGAAUCACCUCGAACAACAUGAGAGUUUGUUUAAAGGAAAGAGACACAAUCUGACUGAUGCCACUGGACGACUGCAGGAGAUGAUCUGCCAGAAACAUGAGAAGCUCCUGGAGGUUUUCUGUCGCACUGACCAGAAAUGUAUAUGUGUGCUGUGUACGAUAGAUGACCAUAAAAACCACGACACUGUAUCAACUGAAGCACAGAGGACAGAGAAGCAGAAGCAGCUGAAGGAGAUGCAGAAGACAUUCCAGCAGAGAAUCCAGCAGCGAGAGAAAGAUCUUCAGCAGCUGAGAGAGGCUGUGGAGUCUCAUAAGCGCUCUGCACAGACAGCAGUGGAGGACAGUGAGAGGAUCUUUACUGAGCUCAUCCGCUCCAUUGAGAGAAGCCGCUCUGAGCUGAUACGGCUGAUCAGAGAUCAGGAAAAGACUGCAGUGAGUCGAGCUGGAGGACGACUGGAGCGGCUGGGGAAGGAGAUCAAUGAUCUGAGCAGGAGAGACGCUGAACUGGAGCAGCUUUCACACACACAGGAUAAUAUCCAGUUCCUGCAGAGUUUCCAGUCUCUCUCAGCACCUCCUGAAUCUACAGACGUAAAUGAUGAUCUCUUCAGUUCUCUCUUCUCUUCUGAUGCUCUGAGAGAAUCUAUCCAUCAGCUGAGAGACAAACUGGAGGAUUUCUGCAAAGAGGAGCUCAAGAAGAUCUCACUGCACAAACCAGUGGCACUCAAACCCGCAAGAACGGGUGGAGCCAACUACUAUAUAAGUCGGCCCAAGCACCAUCUCAUCAGAAUCAUUCGACUGAAGCGACAGUCAACGAUUCGCAUGCAGCUUAUAGCACGUCACGCAAUGCUCGUUCCCUUAUCUCAGGGAACUGAGGUUAUGUCAGUAACCAGAGCGUUCCCUAUCGAAUAG